CUUAGCUAGUUUAGUCAGACUGUUGGAGUUUGGAGUUCUGUUCGGAGCAGAGAUUAGUCGGAUUCAGAGGGCAUCAUUAAUUUCUCCUCGACUGUUUUGGUGAGAGGAAUUCCUCUGCCGGCUCAAUUUUAUCGUCCCGCGUUCUAUAGAGACUAUAGUCUCUCAUUUUUUUAUCGCAUACUUAUUAAUUUAGCGAAAGUCGCCUAAUCGGUGCAAUCGUUGAAAAAAAUCCACCUUACUGCUGGGGAGAGUUCACGUCAAUUCAAUUAAAAGUGCGUUCAUGUAUAUCUGUACAAGUGCGUGAGGCGAGGCGAGAGGCAACAUAUUUUACAGUACAUACAUACAACACGUCAGUGGUGUAUAGUAGUUCUAGUUGUAGUACAGCAGAGAAAAGCAGCUGGAGUAUACGAGCCAGCUAACGUUGACAAUGGCCUACGAAACUAAGUACAUAUUCGCGACGCUGCCGCGCACCCAGAGGGGCCAACCACUGGUACUCGGGGCCGAUCCAAAGGGGAAAAAUUUUCUCUACACAAACGGCAACAGCGUCAUCAUUCGCAACAUCGAGAAUCCGGCUAUCUCGGACAUAUACACCGAACACUCGUGUCCCGUAAACGUCGCCAAGUACUCACCGAGUGGUUUUUACAUUGCUUCUGGAGAUCAGUCCGGUAAGGUGAGAAUCUGGGACACCGUGAACAAGGAGCACAUCCUGAAAAAUGAGUUCCACCCGAUCGGGGGCCCGAUCAAGGAUAUCGCCUGGUCACCCGACAAUCAGCGAAUGGUCGUCGUUGGUGAGGGCCGCGAAAGAUUUGGCCACGUGUUCAUGUCCGACACCGGCACGUCCGUCGGGGAGAUUUCGGGACAGAGCAAGCCCAUCAACUCCUGCGACUUUCGGCCGGCAAGACCCUUUAGGCUGAUCACAGGUAGCGAGGAUAAUACGAUCGCCGUUUUCGAGGGACCGCCGUUCAAGUUCAAGAUGACCAAACAGGAUCACACCCGAUUCGUGCAGGCGGUUCGCUACUCGCCCUCCGGCAACUUGUUCGCCUCCGCUGGUUUCGACGGCAAAGUUUACCUCUAUGACGGCACGACUUCCGAACUCGUCGGCGAAGUUGGCUCGCCCGCGCAUCAGGGAGGCGUUUACGGGGUGGCUUGGAAACCCGACGGUACUCAACUCCUGACCGCCUCGGGAGAUAAAACUUGCAAGCUCUGGGACGUCGAGACGAGGACUCUCGUCGAUGAGUUCAUUAUGGGCAAUACGGUUGACGAUCAACAGGUGAGCUGUUUGUGGCAAGGAAAUCACGUUCUCUCUGUAUCACUCAGUGGCUUCAUCAACUAUCUUGAUCUCAAUAAUCCACUCAAGCCUCUGAGGAUAGUGAAGGGACACAACAAACCGAUAACAGUAUUAACAACGAGCCAAGACAAGAGCACGAUAUACACAGGCUCGCACGAUGGGUACGUCACGAACUGGAAAUCGUCGACUGGUGAAAACGAUCGCGUACAAGGCCAGGGUCACGGCAAUCAAAUUAAUGGUAUGAACGCAUCGGCCGAUCUUGUCUACACUGCGGGUAUCGACGACACCCUCCGAGCGAUUGACAUAGCGACUAAUUCGUACGAAAACACGUCAGUAUUGAGGCUGGGUUCGCAGCCAAGAGGACUCGAUAUUUAUAAUGGUUUAGUUAUCGUUGCUGCUGUUAAACAGCUUGUAGUCACUAAAGACGGAAAGAAAGUAUCGGGCUUGCCGAUCAAUUACGACCCCUCAUGCGUGACCGUUAAUCAAAGCAACGGAGAUGUUGCCGUUGGUUCCACUUCGGAUAAUAAGGUAUACGUUUAUACUCUGGACGGCACUAAUCUCACUCCAAAGACUGAACUGGAACACUUGGGUGCCGUGACUGAUGCAGCCUACAGUCCUGAUAAUAAAUACUUAGUUGCCUGUGAUGCACACCGCAAAGUCGUUCUUUACGUCGUUCCAGAGUACAAGAAGUUGGCGCACAAUAAGGAAUGGGGCUUCCAUAGUGCAAGAGUAAACUGCGUGGCAUGGAAUCCAGAAUCAUCAAUGGUAGCAAGUGGAAGUCUUGAUACUACAAUCAUUAUUUGGAGUGUGACUAAUCCCGCGAAACACACGAUUAUAAAGAAUGCCCACUCACAAAGCCAAAUCACUAAGCUCGAGUGGUUGGACGAAGAAAGCGUAAUUUCCGUUGGACAGGAUUGUAACACAAAGAUAUGGCGUGUGGAGAAAAUCUGAUUGAGCUGAAGCUAGAUGGGAGAACCUGUUUUGAUAAGAAACAGCUUUAUUAACAACGGAUGCAUUUUAUUUAUUUCUUACUGAUUCCUAGCUCGCAAAUCACAUUGUAUAUUAUUUUUAAUACAACAAUCGAUAUACAAUCAUUGAGAUAAUUUAAUUAGUCGAAUUAAUUAUUAAUGACUCAUCAAGUUUCAAUUUCGAUUACUUUAAAAAUCGUUUGGACAGUGAUUCAAGUAUACUUAUGAUUUAAAAUGCCUAUUUUCUGGCUAUGACAAAUUAUUGUUUUGUUUUCACCCUUUUUUGUUAUAUCAACUAUUAACUCUGACGUGAAAACCUUGUUAAAAAUAAAAAUUUUGUAUCGACUCAAAUUUUAUAAGCUAAAAAAAUAUCAAGUUCCA